GACUGAAACUGUUACCGAGUUUACUGCGCAUCUCAGGAGUGAAUUAUUUCAAUCGCUUUAAAAAAAAAAACUCAGCUCAAACUGAAGAGGGGGAGAAAAUAGCUGAGUUUACUUUAAAGUGAUUCCGAGGACCAAGGAGAGAGGGAGAGAAGGAGCAAGUACACCGCUCUCCCUCUGUGUGUAACGGGGCAGCAUGGUGCAGAAAAUGAGCCACACGGAGAGCACCGCCGAGGCGCUGUCCUUUUUCGUCGGGGAUUCGAGCUCCGACUCCGGGGCGUGCAUGGAUCUGGACCCGGCCGCCUCGCCUCUCUCCCCGGGCUCCACAGCUUCUUCGACCGCCGGCGACAAGCUGGGAGACAACCCGGCAUGGUGUAAGACUCCAAGCGGCCACAUCAAGAGACCCAUGAACGCCUUUAUGGUCUGGUCACAGAUAGAGAGGAGAAAGAUUAUGGAGCAGUCUCCGGACAUGCACAACGCUGAGAUCUCCAAAAGGCUGGGGAAGCGUUGGAAGCUGCUCAGAGACAGCGACAAGAUCCCCUUCAUCAGAGAGGCGGAACGGCUCAGGCUCAAGCACAUGGCGGACUAUCCCGACUACAAGUACCGGCCGAGGAAGAAGGUAAAAUCAAGCGCCUCUAAGCCUGGCAGUAACGGAGAGAAGGGAGAGAAAGUCAACAGUAGCUCGAACAACACCAGCACUAAGACAUCCUCAUCUUCGAGGAAGAAUGGAUCCAAAUCCCCCAUCAGCAGCAAACCCCACAAAUCACUUUUCGGGAGCAGCAGCAGUAGCACCAAAGCAUCACCGUUUGCCUCUGAGCACCCAUCAGAGCACCACCACAACUCUCUCUACAAGUCGAGAUCUGGCUCUUCGGCGGCCAAGCAGAUACCAGACAGCAAGAAGCCCAAGCGGGUUUACGUCUUCGGGAGCAGCGCGGCCAGCCUGAGCGUCAGCCCCACGUCCUCCCUCGUGGUCCCGGCCAGCCCGACUCUCAGCAGCUCGGCGGACUCCAGCGAUCCGCUCAGCCUGUAUGAGGACGCGGGCAGCGGCAAAGAGGAGGGAGCCGAGUCCCCCGGCGGCGUCAGCAGCAGCAGCAGUAGCCGCAGCAGCAGCAGCAGCAGCAGCAGCAGCAGCUCCAGCAGCCUGGGCGGGUCUUCGGAGCGCCACGGCGGGCACACAUACAGCAGUCGGCGGGCUUCCUCGCCGACUCCCUCCGGCUCUCACUCCUCCGCCUCGUCCCACUCGUCCUCCUCCUCUUCCUCGGAGGACGAGGAGUUCGAGGACGACUUGCUCGACAUUAACCCGAGCCCCAGCUUUGAUAGCAUGUCGCUGGGGAGCUUUGGCUCCUCGGUGCUGGACAGGGACUUGGAUUUGAACUUUGAAUCCGGCUCCGGGGGCUCCCACUUCGAGUUCCCCGACUACUGCACGCCCGAAGUCAGCGAGAUGAUCUCCGGGGACUGGCUGGAGUCCACCAUCUCCAACUUGGUGUUCACGUACUGAGCGAGCAGGGGAGCAAACGACGACAGGUAACGUCCUGCGAGCAAAAACAUGACCACAAACAGAACCAGGGGUCCCUGGUACAGUGGGUGUAAUAGUUUGUGUUAUAACUACACCAGACUAGCAAAGACCCACUGAAACUAGCCCCCGUCCCUUCUCUGCCAUAAAAGCAAGCGCUGCAAGUCCUUGGAAAGCUAAACUUUGGGGCGAAUAACUUGCUUUUUGUACCUUUCUUUGGAUGUGUGGACUGUGGGACUCGGUACAACCACGAAUGUGGAGGGAGUGCAAAACAAGAGAAUAGACGAGGAGAGACAGACCGGGUUUCCCGAUUGUGAAACGCUUCGUCCUGGACUGUUUUUUUUUUUUUUUUUUUUUUUGAACUGAACAACUUAACUGUGAUUGAUUUGCACGUAAUGCGGUCCGCCGUUCACUUAAUCAAUGUUGUUGCUGAUUUAAUAAAGGGACAUUUCACAACUUUUUACCAAUCGCCAAGUGAACUUCACCACUAAAAAGGUACAGAAACAGGACGGUCGUGCGACAUUUUUAUUGCGAUGUCUCACUGAAAGGAAUUUUAAUGAAACCGAGGUGGGUUGAUGUUUUUUUUUUUUUAAGUCGAAUAUUUUCUCAAAAGCAAAAAAAUGUUAAGCAUGAUAGCCUACAUUGUUCCUAUCUUGUGCUGAGAUUUUCUGUAAGACUGUCGAGCAGUUGAAAAAAAAACUAGUAUUAGGAUUAUUUAAAUGGGUAGGUGGCGCUCGCUUCGGUUCUUCUCUUUUUAAAAAAGGACAUUGAAAUAAUCACCAGCUGUUGUAAUUUUUCAAACUUCAGGAUUCAAACGCAACUUCAAAUCUGUGCUGAACUUUAUACACGUGUUCUCAACGAUUCAGGACCAAAAUUCUUUAAUGUUAAUUUCAGAUGAUAGUUAUAGAGAAAUCCUCACCGAUUUUUUUCAUCCUCUGAGCUUUGUUUUGUACUUGUAUUCAGAUGCCAUUUUAUAUGGGAUGUUGUAUUUAUAUACUGGGCCAAGCGUUUUUGACUUGAUCAUUUUUUUAUUUCUUGUAUACAUGAUCUAAUCCUGUUUUUUUUCUUACACGGUUGUUAAUCUGUAUGUCUGUGUCUGUCACAUUUCCUUCUCAGGCGAAGGGCUAGAGUUUUAAAAACACAACUUUUGAUUUCUUUUUAUAUUUAAAUGUACACACUUUUUGGACACUUAAAAGAGAGGAAACAGUUUGAUUAUUUUCUCAGUGUAUUUUUGUACAAAUCUAUAUAGAAAAUGGGGGAGUCAACAAUCGGUGUGUGUAGCCUACUAAUACAGCUGUAUUGGAUUUCCUAAUUUUUAAUACCCCGGCAGGCUGGUUUUCAUGCUGCCUUCAAGUGCUCAUGGCAAGCUCGUACGUAUGAAGUUUGUUGCCAGUUCAAAUGCUUUUGUAAGGACAGCCACCUAAACAGACCUUAUAUCACUAUGUUGCCUAUUGUUUAAUUUUAAAAUGUCAAGGCACUAACUUACUUUUUACUCAAGUGACCAAACAGAGGAGAUAAUACAAAUGAAAUAUGUAAUAAGGUUUUUUUUAAUUUAGUAAUUUGGCGAUAUUUGAUUUGACUUUUACCAGCAAAUAUUGACAAGACCUCUUUGAUGCCCAAUCCCUGAACAUCACGUAUCGUCAGUGCGGGCUUGAGAUACUUAACGACCCAGUUGUGAGGAUGCAAUUACGAUGUUUCUGACAGCACUUGAAGGCAGCACCAGUCUUUGUAUCAGCCUACCUUCUACGUUUACAGUGCUAGUCUGCAGGCUCCUUAAAGACACAGGAACGCAUUAUUUCUAGAGGCUAUUCCUGUGGACUCAGUGGGUUUAACAGCGUCACUAUCUAAAGCAUCCACUUGUUUUUGCAUUUCCUGUCAGACAUCUUGCCUAUGACAACAAAUUAGGAGAUUGUAGCUUUAAAUUUGACUUAUUUCUUGAUGUUUUCAUUAAUUGAUGUCAAAUUUGCCAAUCAACCACUGGAUUGAACAGGCUAUCAAUAUAGCAAGCAAACAACAAGGAUGAUAACAUCAAGCAUAUUCAAAUUUCUGACUUGAGUUCCGCAACACCUACUUGUACUGCGUUUCUCAUUGUAUUUGAAUAUAUAAUCUUUUCUACUUGUCGGCUAACUAUUAGCUAAUAAUUGUUUUAGUAUCUUUAUGGCAUGGUGAAUAGCAUUUGUAUUUCAGAUUCAGGUUAUUAGCUGUUGUGUUUUUCAGAAAAAAAUGAAAAAAAAAUGAGGAAAAAACGCUGAAACGUGAACUCGAUCUUUGUAUAUUUGACUGUAUCAUAAAGCGAAAAGAUUGUGUGUUUAUGUAUGUUGUUGCUAUUGAGGACAGGCACUGUCUAGAACUGCUAUCUUUUACACAUCCUUACUUAGUUUUAAGGUGGUCAGUUCAGGACUCUUUUUUUUUAUAUAUAUAUAUGAAAGCAUUUUUAAAUAUAUUAACUUUAUUUUUCAUCCAUCCUGUGCAAUAUGCUGUGUAGAAUUAUCAUUUAUUGUCUCUAAUCAUGCCAUAAACAAAGGACCCACCCUUUUUUUGAGACUCAGAGAAAGGGGGGAAACUCAUGCCAGCUAAAUUGUGUCCAUUCACUGCCUGUCAGAUUGUUGAUAUAAACUUGUGUACAGAACUUUUUCAAGGAAGGAUAAUAAAUAUCAGCUGGAACUGAAACUCAACAACUCUUUUCUGGAUUCUUGAACUUUCUUUAAAAUUUCUUUGACAGUCAGCAGUAAAGAGUGACACAUUUGUGUAGACAGUAUAAUUAAGAGAUAAAUGGUUAAUAUCAAGUCAAAAUAUCAGCUUUCUGCAUUGAUUAUCACGUCAUUGAUCUUUUGGCAAGAUAUAUAAUGAAAGUAAGACUUUAAAGCGAAAUCACACAGGCCCAAAGCUACUGACUCUGUCACCACUGCACCAGCUUUUUAGUUAGUAACUUCCAUAUUUUAUGGCAACACAGAAUACAGCUGGGUAUAGAAAAUGACAAUUGAUAGCAAACCUUACUAUAUUGAUUGGCUGCUAAAAGAGGUUAACGUGGAAUAACCAACAAAUAUUGACUGCUUUAGGGAAAUCCACUCUAAUU